UUAAUGAUUUAGCAUACUAGUAAAUGUGAGUUAACUGAAGACAGAUCUUGACAUGUUGUAAAUAGUGUGUUCCUAACGACAGGAACUUCAGGCCAAAGUGUAAACGUCGCAUUUUGAGGUAGACUACAACGUCAUAUGUAUCGACCUUACUGGAAGGUGCCGUUGUCCUUCCACAACUACCAAAGAUUGACACUCGUGUGAUAUUUAUAGUUCUGUUACAAACAACUUUGGAAAGAAGGAUUUAACUGAAUAAUGGCGUUCGAUGAAAACAGUUCAGCUUCCUCUUAUUCCCUUGAUGACAUGAACGACAAAUUCGCCCUCGACGUUUUGCCCGCCAUUUUGUUUCUCUGCCUGGUCAUGGUUGUGGGAAGUAGUGGGAAUGUCGUCGUGUGUUUCGUGUACUGUGGUAGGAAGACGUCGGUGACGAGGACGUUCAUUUUGGCACUUGCCGUGGUGGAUCUCAACAACUGUGUCUUCAACAUCCCCGCAGACGUCGCAGAUAUAAGAUAUAAGUACACCUUCGGCAGUUCCAAAAUGUGCCCAGCUAGCCGAUUUUGGAUAGCGUUUUCUUCUAUAGCCUCUUGCAGCAUAUUGGUAGCAAUCGCCAUUGAACGAUAUCAGAAGAUAUGCAAGCCGUUCCAGAAGCAGACGACACCCAAAACAGCCAUGGCUGCCAUUGUUAUUUGUUGUGUUUCAGCUGUCGUUUUCGCCAUCCCUGCUGCUGUUCUGAACGGGAAUAGGGAUGUGACGAUCAGAGGUCUUAAUGGGUCCGAUUGUGGAAUCAAAAAUGAAUUCAAAGGCAAAGCUUUUCCCAAAACGUUUAAUGCUAUCCUUUUCUUUCUUUUCUGUUGUGCAAGUGGGACAAUCAUUGCAACGUACAUGCUCAUCUGGAAACGUCUUCGAGCACAGAAAGCGUUGAUCAAGAAGGCUUCUCGGGGAGUGAUAUGCGACACAACUGAAAGAGCACAUCAAUUAGGGAACGCCAGAACAUCAGACGUCAGCUUUGGAUAUACCGCAACGACGUUUGCACCAGAAACUACCACGGAUCCGACGGCGAGGUCAACGCAGGAACCAGAUACAGGACCACAUCAAAUGACACAAAACUCAUCUGCUUCUGUAGAUAAAACGACGUUGAUGAUGUUUCUUGUGUCUAUAUUGUUCAUAGUAAGCUUCUUACCUUACAUAAUAAUCACUACAAUAUCCGCUGUCGACCGUAAUGUGCUCAGGAACUUGACUGGGGCCGAUCUUGUGUCUUACACCAUCGCCACCCGCUUCCACUUCAUCAACAGCGCCUUCAACCCCGUCGCCUACAGCAUCACCAGCAGUGGUUUCAGGACAUACCUCAAGAAGCGGACAAAGGAGUGGUUUGCCUGAACAGACCUUCGUAUAGGGAGUAAGCAUGAAAUAUAUUGAUGAACUACUUUCAUAUUACAGUCAGAAUCUUCACCGAAUUUUUUCUAAUCGUAUCCAUUUGCGUAGAUCGAUGCUUGUGCUGUUAAAAACUGGAGUGUCUGGUC